AUGACGAUCAGAGGAUCUCCGCCAACCCGUAAGGGGAAGAAGCUAGCAGAAGCCGGUGUAACUCCUGAAUCUGAGAACUACAGGCCAUUCAAAACACUCGAGCUGGAUGUUGUAUUCAACGGCCCCAUGCCCUCUCAUUGGGCUAUGAUAUACGUUGAUAGGUCUGGAAACAUCAGAGAAAUGUCAAACCUGAAUACUCCGAUUUUUGACACUCGUGCGCGGGACGCAUUCGCACAUGCACAAGGCCUGUUGCCGAGCAGGCAUAAUUCACUGGCUGCACUGACGGAGUACAGCGGGCCAUCUUUACGUGCAGGGCGACCGAAGCGGCGAAGAACUGGACAUCGCGAGGAGCGUCUGACUGUCAACGUUACGGAAGCCUUCGAGGAUUCAGGGGAUCAGAUUUCUCUAGAAAUCGGUAAUCGGAAAAAAGUCUCUGCAUUUUAUGGAAGUGCUUUCAGACGGUUGCAACAAGUCAACUGCCGCAUAUUGGCUAAGAGCUUCAUCAAGGUCAUUGAGCCCCGUAAGCAGGUCAAACACCCUUAUAAUGGUGGAAAGGGUGCGCUGCCCGGCCAGAAAGGGGAUCCCGAGAAAACCAAGCCUGACUGGUGGCCACGCCAUGUUAUACACAGAGAACCUGACCACAUCAAGAAAGAUUUUCGUUUAAUGCUGCUCGUUCAUCUUGUCCAAAAUCUUCUUCCUAUGGGAAUAACAGCAGAAAUGCUCGAAGACGCUGCCCUCGAUUGUAGAAGACAAAUCGGGCCAGAGGAGCGAAGGGAGGAACGACUUGGAGUCAUAGAAGAAAUUUUUCGUGUGAGGAAAAUUGAGGAGCGGUAUGAAAGAAAUGAAAUCGAUGGAACCACCCAGGUUUUCGUUUCCGAUCACGCCGGAGCCAGGAGAGGAGAGCCUGAGUCCGAAGACGAAGGAGAAUCUGAAGUAAUUACUCCUCCUGAAACUGUCGCCUCUUCGCCUCAGGCGCAGCCCCUCGAUUCCUCACAACAACAGAGUCCUCUAGACGUCGCCAGCAUCCCUCAACAUAUCUCACCGCUCGAGACUACUUCGAGCUUUCAAAUACCUACUGAACUAAGCUUUUCGAAUUCCGAACACCAGACACCAGAAUUCGGAUCUUCACAGCCUGAACUCGGCCACCGAAGUUUGGUCAGCACACCAAUAGCAGGGCCUCUUCUCACUCCCACUCACAACCAGUUCAUGGAUCAUUCGCCAUUCGCAGAGCCCAGUCCAACCAGCCAGUUACACGCUGUUGGUCAAGACCCGGCUCAUGUACAAGCGAAUCCAUCAACAUCUUUUACAAGCUGGUCUCCGGCGUAUCAGCAAAACAUGUUUUCACCUGUUGACUACAGUAACGGAGCCAGUCGUCAAAUGCCACCUCACAUGGCAUACACGUCAUAUGCACAAUAUUCUCCACCCCAGGAUGCCCCCCCCAUUUUCGCAAUGCCAGAACUUGCACGUCCUAGAGAUUACGAUGUGAACAUGUACAACUUGCCUUUUCGAACCGGUUCUUUAAGUCACCCACACAUUCUACAUCGUCGUGGUAGUGGUCUAGAUCCUGGUAUAUAAAGUAAUUUGUGAGCGUUUUACAUUCAUGUGAGUUUGGCGAUGUCGAAAGAUCAAUAAUGAGCCUUUGAUCUAUUUUCCUAUUUUCUCUCUAUGGAGGGGGCAACCAUGAAUGAAUGCUAGUACAUGAUAUGAACGUUUCGGUCAGAUAUCGACGGGGAUAGGGCUUUGUUCCUUUGUUUGAAGAUAUUUCAUUUCUUGUCAAUAACGGGUCGCUUUUGUCUUUUCCCCUUUUAUGUUUGGACACUUUUUGCUUCUUGUUUUCAGUUUUGUGCAGACCUGUCUCUUGUGGAUUGACAGAAAUGAAAAAAAGGAAUGGCAUCACAGUACAGCCUACUGAUAGCUAUGAGAACAUGAAGGACAAUGAAUAA